AUGACAUCGAACACAUAUGACCACCUACGCGACGAGGUAUAUGUACGGAUCCUCGGGCUGUUGAAGAGACCCGAGGAGAAGACACGACGAUUUGCCGUGAAAGGAACUGCUAGGCAGGUUCUCGACGACAAUACACUGAAGCGUUUCUUUCGCAGUUUGGACUUGCCUGAGCUCACUGCGGAAAGUCACAGUCAUACCAGCGAGACUGACUUGAUCGCAAGGCUCGACGAUCGCAGCCUCUCUGACUUUCUCGCAAUCAUCCUUUUCAUGAGCUGUACCAUCAAGGCUGCCCGGACCUUCACGGUCGAGCUUCUGAUCAAUAAAUCAUGGUCGCCUAGCAAGUUCAAACUACCCGUCGGCCGAGAGCAGCUCAAGGAACUGUUCCGAGAGGACAUAGUAACAGUGGACAAGUUCCUUGCUCACCAGGCCUGCUUUUGUCCAAUCACGAUCGUGAAAGGGCACGAGGUCAAGAUCGAGGCCUCAGAUCGAGAGCGGCUCCCUUAUUUGGAAGAGAAACUGAAGGCAGAGGGAAGCUUCGGUAAGGUCUACGAAGUCAAGAUUGCUGAGGGCCACUUUCUUGAUCCUCUGUCUGGAACAACAAACAUGCACCCUGCCAUUAUUGCUCGAAAGGAUUAUCUUAGAGCCGACGGGCCUGGAAGUGAUGAUCAAAUCUUGAAACAGAUUGUGGCAGCUGGACGGAAGUGUGAUAAUAUCGUGGACUUUUUCGGCAGCGUUGCAAUCGGCUUGAUUACAUACAGUUUGUUUAUGCCCCUCGCCAUAUGUGACCUCAAGGACUUCAUGAUGGAAACAUAUCCAGACAGACCCUCCGGAAUCUCCAAAAAAGCAGAGGUCAUUUUCUCGGCCCACGGGCUUGCCGGAGGACUUGACUUUCUCCACACACGCAUGAUGUCAGGUAUGGAUAGGCUGGUUUGCUACCACAUGGAUUUAAAGCCGAGCAAUAUUCUUAUCUACCAUGAGACAAAUUCUUCGGAAACGUCUUACAUUUGGAAGAUCAGUGACUUUGGCAUGUCUCGCGUUAAAGUGAGAGCGGAAAAUGCAGGCGUCGAAAGUGAGAAAAACUUCAACAGCUGGAUCCUCUCACGUCAUAAGCCUCAAGAGCCGUCUUCCUUGGGAACCAGAAAUCGACGAGGCGAAGGAACAUACUUGGCGCCAGAGACAAUCGCAGCCACUCCAAUUAUCAAGGCUGAAGCCGAUGUCUGGUCACUUGGCUGCGUCAUAAGUGUGCUUUUCGCAUACUUGGAGGAGGGUUCACUCGGCGUGGACCGAUACGCGGAAAAAAGGGCCGAUCCUCAUAGCGCACACGGCUUUGACCGAUUCUUCCUCCGUAUUUGGGGGUGGGGAUUCACAUUCAAAGCGCAUCCGGAGGUCAAGGGAUGGCACGACCGUCUGAUUCACCAAGCCAGACACCGAAAUCGCAAGGAAGGCGACGCAAUGGAGUUCAUUCUGAGAUAUCUUGAGAAUGGCGUAUUCAGGGAACAAUCCAAGCGAUGCACCGCUCAACAACUAAGAGAAAAACUUUUCCAGACCUACCAAAAGUAUGCUGAUGCCAGAGAGGACUCUGAUCAACCCCCUGACAGUGAAGAUCCUGCGAGGGCAAGGCGCGACUCAAGGAAAGCAUUAAGGUGGUGGCGGCCUUCCCACAAUUUAAUUGACCAUGAACCUCACAAAAGGGUUAAGACGUGGUCGCUCGACUACGAAGAACUCAAGGGCUGCGCAUUUUCCCAUGAUGGGACUCUUAUGGCUUUGUGGACUAAGAAAACACUUUCGUUAUACACGUCGCACAGCCUGCGUGGUAAUGACCCGCGUGGCAAUGACCCACGGGUGACCACUUUAGUGUCGACAUUUCAGCUGGAUAACACAAAUGAUGAAACAAAUCGGGUUGAUUGGACGAGCAUCAGCUUGACAGAAAGAUAUUUGAUAGGUCUUAACUCAGGAGUCAAGCAUCAGUGCUAUCGAUUUGCCUUACUCAAUGGUCCUGCCGCUGAUGCGAAUCUCGACCGCCAUAAAAAAUUUACUUUGCCUCUGUCUGAAGUCUUUCAACUGGCCAUUUCACCGGAAAGUCAAACCAUGGCAUGCGUUGUUGGAGAUUUAAAUGGGGAUCAAACCCCCUGCUCAUUAUUUCUUGCCCCUGUUGCUUCACCUAAUCAGUCUUACUGGCUUGAUAAGUUGAGCUGGCCAGCCAAAGAUGUCACGAGACUGUUUUUCACAACCGAUGAAGAUUUGUACCUUGUUGUUCGGCCUCAUGUUAGCGCCCGCAGCUUGGAGUACAAAGUCCACAUCGUCCAUAUAAAUGUGAGCACUAAGAGGCUCGAUACUCUUAUCAUUGACCAAAAAGGAUUUGAUAGUAGCAGCAACAUUGGUCUUUUUACCACUUUUGCCCCUUUUCGAAACAAACCGGAUACCUUCGCCAUUAUCACUCGAGAAAAACAGCUACACAUUCGAAGUCUCGCCGAGGAGAAGUCAAGCAUUCAGACAGAGAUCAAGGGAUACAGAGUACUCAGACUUCUGGUAGGUUGGGAUGACACGAAGAUUUUUGCUAUAGGGACACCAGAGGCAGAGCAUGGAAUGGUUUUGCUCGAGAUCACAGUACCUCAGGGACGAGGAAAGCAUAUUUCUAUAAAAGAGCUUGAGCGGCUCCCUGGCUUGUCAUAUAAUGCCAAGUUUAUGGAAGUGCUUUCACAUCAACGAGAGUUCAAGUAUGUUCUCAUUCUUGCCCCGGGGAGAGCACAUCAGCACGUCAUAUACCAAGUGGCUCUUACAGACCCGGAAGUUACAACUUCAUCUUGA